AUGAACUCGAAAAACCCCCCACCUGAAAAAAGAAGAGUCCGGUCAACUAAUGCGUCUGUUCUAUCGAGUAAACCCACUGUAAUCUCUAUACCUACCUCCGAAGAAGUCCGGGCAAGGUUGCCUAAACAUCCCGUACUUGAGCAUGCCUCACAACCCACGAAACAAAUUUUGCCACCGGCUCCGAUCCCGGGUGCAAUGGUCUUUUCUUAUGCAACGCUUGGGUUAGAGCAGUAUGGUCAGACUUCACUUGACUCGGCUCCUGAGAAACUUGCACCUGACCUACAGGCUUACCGGAAACUUGUUAAAAUUUGUAAACGACCCAGAAUCGAGUCAAAAGAAUGCAAUAAUGUAACUCGUGGAUGUCCAUCGAUAUCGGCAUGUUCAUUUCCGAAUUUCAAGGCAGCCUUCGUUAAAAAAUGGGGCCUUGAAAACGGAGAAAAUGACGAUGACUCGAGUUCUCAUGAGAGAAUGCCUGGUGAUUCUCCGCCAGAGUGUCAGCUAAACACUUUGAUGUGUGAAGAGUGGUGGAUAAAGCGAGGACACACAGAAAGCUUCAUGGAUGAUGAACAUUCACACAUGGAUGCGCGUGAGAUGAGGAAACCUCCAAAGAAACUUAAAAAUUUGCUUCACGAAACUCAAAAUGAUUCUACAAUUCAAACACCUAAAUCAUCAACACUUAAUAAUGACCAAGAAACCGAAAAUAUCAUACACCCAAGCGAAGGAAGGCAAUCGCAUCAGGCAUCAUCGUCAGAUGAUCUAUGUGCAAAUGACAAGGAAGGAGUUGUUACUACUGAUCCGAAGUUUACUCUCAGGAGGCGAGACCUUAAUUAUUCCCAUAAAGAAGCUCGGUCACGAAUAACUCCUAACAUGGAUUUCAUAGAACGUCUGAAAAUAUUGGCACCCCAAGCGGCAGCAAUUUACAAUGAUUUGGAAAUUGUUGAAGAGUCAAGAGACACUGAUCAAGUUAACACGGGACGCAUGAAGACGCAUAAUAAUCAAAAGUGGCAAACAGAAGAAACAGAGGAAUUCUAUAAGCUGGUUGCAUUGUUGGGAUCCGAUUAUAACAAAAUUGCUGACCUCACGGGAAGGUCGGUUCUCCAGAUAAGAAAGAAAUUUAAAAAAGAGCAAAAGAUUUCACCCGAACGGCUUCAUGACGCCAUCACAAAAAAGAAGGAAUUUUUAAUUUAUAAAGACUUGUCUAAAUCAUUUGCAACCCGUCGUGAAUAA